AUGAAUUCGUUAGAUCUUUACCCUCGAACAGGGCCUCCGCCUUAUCCGAAUCCGACGACGCUUCCUACGACACCCCUUCAGACAAAGGGAUUGGUCGCUCUUUUCCUCUUCCCGACUUUAUCGAUAUUUGUCGUAGCUGCGCGAAUAUAUAGUCGCGUGACCACACGGACAACUGGCCUAGAUGACUACCUGAUUUUAGGAGCUCUCCUCUUCGCCUUGCUGAUGAUCGGACCUCUCUAUAUGUUCAUGAAGCUUAACUACUGGGGUUUUAGGGCCUACGAUGUGCCCAAAGAUGUCGACCUCGCCGCUGGCUUCUGGUGGAAUUUCCUCGUGCAGAUGUUCUAUAACCCUGUCCUAGCUCUCGUCAAAGCGUCCGUUCUCGUUUUCCUACUCCGAUUAGGUGGUCACAAGAGAAAUGUGCGAUAUGCCAUCCACGGCCUCAACAUAUUCAAUGCUCUACACGCCGUCGCCAUCUUCUUUACGGCUCUUUUCCAGUGCUGGCCGAUAGAAGCCAACUGGGACUUUCCCUUACGAGAAGAACCGGGGGUGAAGUGUGUCAGUGCCUGGUUCCACGUCAUUGCGUCAUGUAUCACUAUUGUCACAGACUUCUUGGUUGUCGCGCUCCCCUUUUGGAUUUUCUUGGGAUUGACUAUGCGAUGGGGAACCAAGAUUGCGGUACUAAGUUUGUUCGUACUGGGUAGUGUUGUUGGCAUCAUUGGAAUCAUUCGCGUCAUCUCUAUCCAUCACCAGCUUGUCGAAGGACCAAAUCCCGGCGAAGAUACAUUCUACACUGUCCUCCCUGUCUGGGGCGCUGUCGAAACGAACAUCGCAAUCAUAUGUGCCUCCGUGCCAGCCUUGCGACCACUCGUUCGAAAUUGGUUCCCUGCACUCUUUGGAAGCUCUGGAGCAACGUCGGGCACACCAUACGGCGAUCGAUACGCAAACGGAUACGGAAACAGCGCACGAGGAGCCAGUGGAUUAAGAUCGCAUAACCACGACGACAUUCGGAUGAAAGAUCUGCGCGGAUCGCGAAAUCAACACACCGAAAUCCGAAGUGUUUCGCCUAGUGGAUCAGAGGAAGAGAUCAUGACAUAUAAUGGUAUUAUGCGAACUACUAAUGUUAACGUCUCGUAUGAGAAUACAUCAAAGGCCAACGUUUCUGAUUCGAGGACUUCGAGCGAGUUGCGAUUCGAGAGCAAGGCUUCGGAGGUCAGGCCUGGUGUAUAA